AUGGUUUCCAACAAGACUGUACUUAUCGGUGUUUGUGUGUUGAUCCUCACUAUCAUUAGUAAUGCUCCUGUUGAAACAAGUCCUCAAAUUGAACUUAUGGGUGGAUAUGAUAUUAUUGGAAUUUGCAUAACAAACUGUGCCCAGUGUAAAAAAAUGUACGGUGCGUUCUUCGAGGGUCACCUGUGUGCUGAGGCAUGUGUGCAAUUUAAAGGCAAAACCAUUCCAGACUGCGAGGAUUUGAGUUCGAUUGCUCCAUUUUUGAACAAAAUGAACUAA